CGUAAGUGGACAGUCAUUGCUCAUCAUUUUCGUAUCUGACCAAUGAAUCGAUAUAUAUAUGUAUAUUUAUAUAUAUUUACAUAUGUGUAAACUUUAGAACAAGCAAUCAAUAAUUGCAAAAAGCAGAUGCGCAGAAUUGGUAUUAAGAACGUAUUCGAACCAAUUGUAGAUUAAAUUAUAGAACAUGCAAAUUAUGAAUAAUAGAGGCGUAGCGCCCAGCAGAUAACAGUUUUCACGUUCUCUUGAAAAUUCGCACGCAAACAACAACAACAGCGCGCCUUUGUUGCUGUGUCUGCGCUUGUGAGCUGCGGGCGACAUUCCCGUUUUGAGAUUUGUCGCGCGUGGCUACCCCACCCAAAAUUUCGCAAACACACAAACACCAUAGUGCCUGUAAAGCGCAGCCAUGGAUAACGCUCAGCCUAAUGGAGCUACGCAAGCGUCUGAAGCGCCCUUGCUACAGUUGGAAGAUGAGGUGGAUCUCAUUGGCGACUUUGUUAAGCAGCAAUCAACAACAACAAUGAGUAAUAACCAGCUGGCACCGCUCCUGAAUGGUCACGAUGGAAUAGUCAAUCAAUUGACUACUCAAGUCGAGAUAAAUACGCUUGGGGUGAACGACAGAGCGUCGAGCGGCAAACGAAGGCCAAAACGAAAGCCAAAAAGAGAUCGCGAUCAAAUUCUAUUAUCAGUUGACGAUGAUGAUGGUGAGAAUGAUGCUGAUAAUGAUGUUAGCGUCUCUGAUGAUGUGGCUUACAUUGAUGGCGCUGGCGGCGAUGAUGGUGAAAUUGUUGAUGUAUUUGCCGUUGGCAAAAAGCAACCACAAAGAAAACAUCUGUUAAUGCUGCACGACAUCGACGACGACGCUGAUGCCGAUUGCGAAGACGAAGAAGACGUUUUACUGCACAAAAACCAACCCGCACUACGCAAUGGCAAAUGCAAGCAGUCAAAGGAGAGCAGUGAGAGCGUCAGCGGUAGAUCAAGCGUAACGACGCCACAGCCGGCGCUUGGGACUAGUCACAUUGUAACACCUACGCGACGCGGUACAACAACGGCAUUAGCGUCUGCAACAUCACCGCUAAAAUCAACGACACGCUUGCCGCAUGAGGAGGCCGAUGAUAUUUGCCUGGUGCCAGAAAUUGACUUCGAGGGCAUGUCCACGGACGCAGGCAGUGAUAAUCGCGAGUCACAGCCGCUGCUUGGUGGCGGCGGUGGCGGGGGCAGCCAUGCAAGUCGCAUAAGCGAUCUACUUGGCGGUCUGGGACGUGGACAUGAUCACGUUGAUCUCAUGUCGAAUACCUUUGGCGACGAUCCGCUCUUCUCGGAAAUCGUUGCACAAGCAGAAUAUGCAAUCGAGCAGGGCGUUCUACCUGAGCGUAUCUAUCAGGGCAGCAGUGGUUCCUAUUUCGUCAAGAAUGCUUCAAAUCAAAGAUGUCUGGCUGUCUUCAAACCCAAAGAUGAAGAGCCAUAUGGGAGACUGAAUCCCAAAUGGACCAAAUGGAUGCAUAAGCUUUGUUGUCCGUGUUGCUUCGGUCGCGCCUGCUUAAUACCAAAUCAAGGCUACCUGUCCGAGGCUGGCGCCAGCUUGGUGGAUCGUAAACUCAAUCUAAAUGUGGUGCCGAAAACACGAGUGGUCAGACUGGUGGCUGAGAGUUUUAACUAUGCGCGCAUAGACCGCCAGAAGGCCAAGUUGAAGAAACGGAUCAAAGAACAUUAUCCGUCUGCUCAUUUUAACCGUAUGAGCUUGCCACUAAAGACUGGAUCAUUUCAGCUUUUUGUAUCGGGAUACAAGGAUGCCGAUUACUGGCUGCGUCGAUUCGAGCAUGAGAAAUUGUCGCCAGCGCUCAACAAAUCUUUUCAGCUACAGUUUGAGCGUUUAGUUGUUCUCGAUUAUAUUAUACGUAACACGGAUCGAGGAAAUGACAACUGGCUUAUUAAAUAUAUUGCGCCCAAACUGAUGGGCGAAGUAGGUGGUACUGGUGGCAAGAGUAUGUCACGUGGCGCAAAAUUCGUGCCUGGCCAGACAAUAAUAGACCUUAAUGAGCCGUCGGUGGCGCCAACUAAUAACAUAGAGCGCACUACAGGUGGUGGUCAACCUACGCCCACAUCUAUGGGCGUUGCUGAAUCAGCAAUUGGUGGCCCUAGUAGCAAUGGCAGCAGCGAUGAUGAAACAAGGCACGAUAAAGUAGCUCCGGCUGUCCCUGACUGGAAUAUGGUCGAAGCACCACAAAUUAGAAUUGCCGCUAUUGACAAUGGUUUGGCCUUUCCGUUUAAGCAUCCGGAUUCAUGGCGAGCAUAUCCGUAUCAUUGGGCGUGGUUGCCUCAGGCCAAAAUCCCUUUCAGCAACGACAUAAAAGAUCAAGUGCUGCCGCAGCUGUCCGAUAUGAAUUUUGUGGAAGAAAUAUGUACCGAACUGCUGUACUUAUUCCAGCAGGACCGAGGUUUUGAUAAACGACUUUUUGAGCGGCAAAUGUCAGUUAUGCGCGGUCAAAUUCUAAAUCUCACACAAGCGUUACGGGAUGGAAAGUCGCCCGUGCAAUUGGUUCAAAUGCCCGCUGUUGUUGUUGAACGCUCCAGCGGCAGUCGUUUUUUUUCAUUCACACAGCGCUUCCAGAAUAAGAGUCCCUUCUUCUCUUGGUGUUAAUUGGGCUCAGACAUGCCGGAGUUACUGUAUUACCCACCAAAUCUUCUGGUCUGGUCGCAAAGUUAUUGUCUAAUUAUGCGCUUUCUUGUUAUGUACUAUAUAAACAAAAGUUUUUAGUUGUAUACAAUUAAUUUGGAUUUUGUUAAAUUUGUUAGUUUUCGCAACAUGUCGUUGAUAAAAAUGUAUUUAUGUACAUAAACGCCAAUGACAAAGUAUACAAUCAAGCAGGUUAACCUAACACUAUCAACCUAUGCAUGUUAAUUUCCUUACUGUUCGCGUUUUCAAUUGUUAAAGUGUAUGAAACAAGAUACAGUGUCCAUUCCAAGCUUUGUUGAUCUAUCGCUUUCAUCGUAGUUACACUUUAAUUCUUAAUUUAUACCAAAACAUAUCAGUGUAAAUUGUUUACAAAUGGCUUCAAAUCAAUGCCCUAUCCGUAUUUCUAAGGCCAAGGACGCAUUGAAGUUAUUUAUUUCAGUCCCUUACAUUGUGAAUAUCAUUAACAAAAAAUACAAAAUAUCAGUUAACACUUUUA